AUGCCAAAGACAUACACCGAAGAUCAACUAGCGUCAGCUCUGUCAGCUGUGCGUCAAAGAAAAAUGAAAAUUACAGCGGCUGCUAGAAUAUUCGGAGUACCAAAAUCAACUCUCUCUGACAAAGUGAGACACAAGUACUCGGGAAACAGACCUGGACCAGAAAGACAGCAACUACAACACGAAGAGGACUCCCUUGUCCAGUAUCUCUUAUACAUGGCGAAUCAAGGCUUUCCACUUUUCAGGGCUAUGAUCAGGUGUUACAUACAAGAGAUAGUUAUACAAUCAGGCCGUACGUCACUGUUUAAUCUACAAAAAGGACCCUCUGAUGAUUGGUUCACAAAGUUUUUCGGGCGGCAUCAAGACUUGGCUCAAAGAAAGGCAGAAAACAUGGACAAUGCCCGAGUAUCCAUGUCAUCUAAAAGGAUGCUUGACAAAUUUUUUCCUCUUCUCAAGUCUGUUCUUGAUAAAUACAACUUGAAAAACAAACCAGAAAGAAUCUUCAAUUGUGACGAAACUGGAUUAACAGGAAAAGAGGCACCUAGGUCGAAAGUAAUCGGGCCUCGUGGAGGGCAUUUGUUUAGAAGAAAGACGUCUUCAGCAGAUCACGUGACAGCACAUCAUUGUGUCUCAGCAGAUGGACACUUUCUACCACCUCUUAUAAUUUACAAGGUAUUUUAUUAA